GUCAGUAUAACUUCUGGUUGGCCAAUCAAAUGCAGUCUUGUCUCUGAAGAGUGAAGAAAAGAUCAAUGCUCUUUUCAUUUCACACGACAAGUUGAACACGAUGACAUCUCCAGUGUUUGCUCUCUAUCUCACAUGUCUGUUUUUGGGGAAAACAGCUCAGACAACUGCUCUGAAUUUCUCCUCAUCUGUUCGUCAAGACAGUAGUUUUAUAUCAGCUUAUUUUGGUGACAGCGUAUCUUUGAGAUGUUCCUAUGAAGGUGAUGUUGUGACAAGGCUUUACUGGUAUAAACAAAUUCUGGGACAGGGACCAAGGAUCAUCUCCACUUUCUAUACGUUUGACAGAAAUGGCACUUUUUAUAAUGAAUUCAACAACAAUCCUCGCUUCACACUGGAUACUGAAAACAGUAAAAAUUACUUGAAGAUCACAGAUUUGCACAUUUCAGACUCAGCUACUUACUACUGCGUUAGUAGCUAUUUAUACACAUUAAAAUUUUCAGAGAACAUUAUUGUAAGUGUAAAGGGUUCAGGUUUGAACAUCCAAGCUUUGGUCCAUCAGUCGGCAUCUGAGAGCAUCCAGCCAGGAGGCUCUGUGACUCUGAACUGUACAGUACACACUGGGACCUGUGAUGAUGGAAAUCACAGUGUUUACUGGUUCAAAAACUCUGAAGAAUCUCAACCAGGAGUCAUUUACACACAUGGAGGCAGGAAUGAUCAGUGUGAGAGGAACAACAACACACAAACACACACCUGUGUCUACAACUUGCCAUUGAAGAGUCUGAAUCUUUCUCAUGCUGGGACCUACUACUGUGCUGUCGCCUCAUGUGGACAGAUACUGUUUGGAAACGGGACCAAGCUGGACGUUGGCUGUAGACUCUGCUGUCUUGGUGUAUUUCUUGAGUGGAGCUUUGGCGUUCACCACCAUCCUCAGUGUUUUACUGGCUUUCUCAAUGUACAAGAUGAAGAGAAACAGCUUCCAAUCUACAGAGUCUCAAGCAAGAUUUUCAGCUUCCUAUGCAACAAACGGCGAGGGUUACCAAGACACAGACAACCUGCAUUAUGCUGCUUUAAGUGUGAACCUGCCCAACAGACCAAGAAGAGCGGGGAACAACACCAAGAAUGAAUGUGUGUACUCCAGUGUAAAGCGGUAGAAUUACAUGUUACAAUUCCAGUUUUAAAGUUUUUUAUUUUUUUAUUUUUAUACAAAAAUGCAUAUUUAGAAGUUGAUCUUGAGAUAAAUAUUUUUUGUCCUUGUGGUU